GUCGGAAGGCAGGCUGCCUCGCCGGGUCCUGAGGAGCAGGUAAAAAAAGCUUCCAUUGAUGGAUGGGGAAAAAAAACCCCAACCAACAAAAGACCCGAACCUUUGGUUUAACUUCUUGAAACAACGAAUGCUGUGUGGAGCCUUGGCCCGUCAUGGGAGAGGUGUUUCCAGUCCUGACAGAGUUUGCUGCUUUGAGGAAAAUAAAAAUGAGAAGACUAAGCCCAAAGGUACAUACCACUGCUGCUUGUGGGGCUGGAGUAAGCUGGAUAGACACCUGGAGGAAGCAGCCUGACUUGGUGACAAGACACUGAGCCAUCCUGGAGUAGGUGAAGGAACAGCCCAGGCAGCUGAGACAUUGAAUGCAGGGAUCAGGGGUUUUAGGAAAACCUGUAGUCUGUUUGUGCUGACCACAGGCAGCUGAGCAAAGCAUCAUGACAAGCCGUCAGGCAGUAAAAUCCUUCAAGAAAUCUUCUGUCCCAGGAGUUCUUAUCACCCAGUUUGUUGAUGAUAUUCCAGAAGGAUGCAGUACACCUGACUUUGAGCGGAAACCUGUUACUCUGACGUUGCAGGAAGGUAAAAAUGCCAUUUUCAGAGCUGUGAUCAAAGGUGUCCCAACCCCUGAUGUGAAAUGGACACGUAUGCAAGGAGGAAUGGAUGAUCCUGCCAAAUACCAAACAUUCUUCAAUAACAUUACAAAUGAAUUCAUUCUGCAGAUAAACAAACUGACUGUAGGUGACAGUGAUUUGUAUCGUUGCUCUGCUGUGAAUGAAUAUGGGGAAGCUACAUGCUCUGCUGGCCUCAGGAUCAUACAAGUUGGCUUCAAGAGGAGAGCAAAAUAUGUUCCUGUUCAUCCUGCUGAUGAGUUGAAGAAGAUGCUUCAGGAGUACAGGAAGCUGCUGAGGAAACGGGCCCCAGCACCAAUACCAAAACCCUUGGACAAAGAAGCAAUCUGGCAACUGUUGCUGCAUGCAGAUAGAAGAGAUUAUGAGAAAAUCUGUAUGAAAUAUGGAAUUGUUGACUUCCGUGGGAUGCUGAGAAAGCUGCAGGAGAUGAAGAAGGACACAGAGAGUGCACAAGGAGAGUUAAUACACAGUAUCAAAAACUUUCAACACAUCAGAGUUAACAGAGAGGGAAGAGCUAUGUUCAGUCUGGAGAUGGACCUGAAAAAUAAAAACAGCAAAGUUUAUCUGCUUAAGGAUGGUGAGAGGCUCAGAUAUGGAACGGGGGAUGAAUACAGAAAGCAUUGCCUGAGGCAAAUUGGAAAAAGGUAUAAUUUCAUUGUCAAUGAUGUGCAGCCAGAAGAUGCAGGCUUGUAUCAAGUCAGAGUGGAGGAUGUACCUGUUUUCUCAACUGAACUGGAUGCUGAAUCCAUCCCUGUGAGAUUUGAGCAGUCACUCAGUGAUAUACAUUGUUGUGAGCAAGAAGAUGCUGUCUUUGAGAGUAUCCUACACACACCCUGCUAUGAUGCUGUGUGGCUACACAAAACCCAUCUCCUCAAGGCAAGUGAGAAGCACCAGAUCUCUGUUACACCUGACGGUCUGACCCACCAGCUGGUUAUCAAAAAUGUUGUGCCUUCUGACAGCGGCAUGUACACGCUUGACACUGGACUCUGCUCAUCAAAUGCCUGGCUUAUUGUAGAGUAUGCCAAAGAAAAGAGGAAACAGGGUGAAGGAGGUCAAAGAGAGAAAUCUGAAUGGCUGAAAGAAACAUUGUCAGAUAAAGACAGGGCUAAGAAACUUCGACGCGGAGAAAAUGUUGGUGAUGAAGAUCAUCUUAUUGACACUGGCAUGGAAAAAGAUGGCUGGUACAGAAAUGGUCAAGGAGGCAGUCAAGGCCACUCCAUUGAAGUUGAUGGAAGCCAUAGAUUUUUGGGAAAAGAUGGGCUACGUGGAGUCCACAGAGAUGGAAGGAUUGGGUUUGGGCAAUUUUCUGGAGCAGACCUAGAUGGAGACUCAAUGACAAAUGAUGGUAUCAGCUUUGGAUUAAAAAGCUUAGGAGGCAAAAGUGGAUUAAAGCCUUUCCGUGGCAAGGAUUCUAUGACAGGCAGAGCAGAUACUGGUGAUGAAUUAGGAGGAGCAGGUGAAUGGUAUUCUGUGGAUGGCAGAGAUGAUGGUAUGCUGGAUGCACUUAACAUUGACAUGGAUGAUGGAGAAGGUGUGGGCUCUCAGCAUGACAAGGAUGGUAAAUUAGGCUUUGGAGGUGCUGGGAGGUUAGAUGCUACUGAUGGAAGUUCUGUGUUAGAUGGACUUGAUCCUGAUUCAACCAGAGUGCGACAUGGUAAGGCUGAUUUGUUCAGUAGGACUGGUCCAGGCACUGGAGCUAGAAAGAAUGCUGCAGGUACUGAAAUUGCAGGAGGAAUGAGGUCCCCCUAUGGCAAGGAUGAUCUGCCAACUACAGUUGAUAUGAAUGGAGCAAGUAUAAACAGAGGAGGACAAACAGGAACUCCCUAUGGCAAGGAUGGCUUGACACUUCAUGCUAGCAGUCAUUUAGGUCAGACAGGAAGGUCUGGCUUGCGGUAUGGCCUAGAUGGUCUUAGAGCUGGAGAUGGAGAUAUAUAUGGUGCAGGUGGCAGCUCUAUAGGCGAAAUGGAGGCUUUCUAUGGUCCAGAUGGUCGGCCAGUUGGAGCAGGUGUUGGUGUUUAUGGUGUAGAUGGUGCAGGGGGAGCUGGGUCUCCCUAUGGAAAAGAUGGUUUUCCAGCUGGGGCUGGUCUUGGUGGUGCUGGUGCAGGGGGAGUUGGGUCUCCCUAUGGAAAGAAUGGUUUCCCAGCGGGGGCUGGUCUUGGUGGUGCCGGUGUAGUUGGUGCAGGGGGAGUUGGAUCUCCUUAUGGGAAGGAUGGUCUUGCUGGUGUAGGUGUUGGUGAUGCUGGUGUAGCUGGUGCAGGGGGAGUUGGGUCUCCCUAUGGAAGGGAUGGUGUCCCAGCUGGGGCUGGUCUUGGUGGUCCUGGUGUAUUAGGUGCAGGGGAUCUUGGAUCUCCCUAUGGAAAGGGUGGUGUCCCAGCUGGGGCUGGUCUUGGUGGUGCUGGUGUAUUAGGUGCAGGGGAUCUUGGAUCUCCCUAUGGAAAGGGUGGUGUCCCAGCUGGGGCUGGUCUUGGUGGUGCUGGUACAGCUGGUGCAGGGAGAUUUGGGUCUCCCUAUGGAAGGGAUGGUCUCCCAGCUGGAGCAGGCGUUGCUGGUGUAGCUGGUGCAGGGGGAGUUGGGUCUCCCUAUGGAAGGGAUGGUGUCCCAGCUGGGGCUGGUCUUGGUGGUGCUGGUGCAGGAGGAGUUGGGUCUCCCUAUGGAAAGGAUGGUGUCCCAGCUGGGGCUGGUCUUGGUGGUGCUGGUGCAGGGGGAGUUGGGUCUCCCUAUGGAAAGGAUGGUGUUCCGGCUGGAGCUGGUCUUGGUGGUGCUGGUGCAGGAGGAGUUGGGUCUCCCUAUGGAAGGGAUGGUGUCCCAGCUGGUGCUGGUCUUGGUGUAGCUGGUGUAGGGGGAGUUGGGUCUCCCUAUGGCAAGGAUGGUGUCCCAGCUGGGGCUGGUCUUGGUGGUGCUGGUACAGCUGGUGCAGGGAGAUUUGGGUCUCCCUAUGGAAGGGAUGGUCUCCCAGCUGGAGCAGGCGUUGCUGGUGUAGCUGGUGCAGGGGGAGUUGGGUCUCCCUAUGGAAGGGAUGGUGUCCCAGCUGGGGCUGGUCUUGGUGGUGCUGGUGCAGGAGGAGUUGGGUCUCCCUAUGGAAAGGAUGGUGUCCCAGCUGGGGCUGGUCUUGGUGGUGCUGGUGCAGGGGGAGUUGGGUCUCCCUAUGGAAAGGAUGGUGUUCCGGCUGGAGCUGGUCUUGGUGGUGCUGGUGCAGGAGGAGUUGGGUCUCCCUAUGGAAGGGAUGGUGUCCCAGCUGGUGCUGGUCUUGGUGUAGCUGGUGUAGGGGGAGUUGGGUCUCCCUAUGGCAAGGAUGGUCUCCCAGCUGGGGCUGGUCUUGGUGGUGCUGGUGUAGGGGGAGUUGAGUUUCCCUAUGGCAAGGAUGGUGUCCCAGCUGGGGCUGGUCUUGGUGGUGCUGGUACAGCUGGUGCAGGGAGAUUUGGGGCUCCUUAUGGAAAGGAUGGUCUCCCAGCUGGAGCAGCCGUUGCUGGUGUAGCUGGUGCAGGGGGAGUUGGGUCUCCCUAUGGCAAGGAUGGUGUCCCAGCUGGGGCUGGUCUUGGUGGUGCUGGUGCAGGAGGAAUUGGGUCUUCCUAUGGCAUGGAUGGUCUGCCAGCUGGGGCUGGUCUUGGUGGUGCUGGUGCAGGAGGAGUUGGGUCUCCCUAUGGAAGGGAUGGUGUCCCAGCUGGUGCUGGUCUUGGUGGUGCUGGUACAGCUGGUGCAGGGAGAUUUGGGGCUCCUUAUGGGAAGGAUGGUCUCCCAGCUGGAGCAGGCGUUGCUGGUGUAGCUGGUGCAGGGGGAGUUGGGUCUCCUUAUGGAAAGGAUGGUGUCCCAGCUGGGGCUGGUCUUGGUGGUGCUGGUGCAGGAGGAGUUGGGUCUCCCUAUGGCAAGGACGGUGUCCCAGCUGGGGCUGGUCUUGGUGGUGCUGGUGUAGGAGGAGUUGGGUCUCCUUAUGGAAAGGAUGGUGUCCCAGCUGGUGCUGGUCUUGGUGGUGCUGGUGCAGGAGGAGUUGGGUCUCCCUAUGGCAAGGAUGGCAUCCCAGCUGGUGCUGGUCUUGGUGGUGCUGGUGUAGGGGGAGUUGGGUCUCCCUAUGGCAAGGAUGGUGUCCCAGCUAGGGCUGGUCUUGGUGGUGCUGGUACAGCUGGUGCAGGGAGAUUUGGGGCUCCUUAUGGAAAGGAUGGUCUCCCAGCUGGAGCAGGCGUUGCUGGUGUAGCUGGUGCAGGGGGAGUUGGGUCUCCCUAUGGAAGGGAUGGUGUCCCAGCUGGGGCUGGUCUUGGUGGUGCUGGUGCAGGAGGAGUUGGGUCUCCCUAUGGAAAGGAUGGUGUCCCAGCUGGGGCUGGUCUUGGUGUAGCUGGUGCAGGGGGAGUUGGGUCUCCCUAUGGAAAGGAUGGUGUCCCAGCUGGGGCUGGUCUUGGUGGUGCUGGUGCAGGAGGAGUUGGGUCUCCUUAUGGAAAGGAUGGUCUGCCAGCUGGGGCUGGUCUUGGUGUAGCUGGUGCAGGGGGAGUUGGGUCUCCCUAUGGAAGGGAUGGUGUCCUAGCUGGUGCUGGUGUAGGGGGAGUUGGGUCUCCCUAUGGCAAGGAUGGUGUCCCAGCUGGGGCUGGUCUUGGUGGUGCUGGUGCAGGAGGAGUUGGGUCUCCCUAUGGCAAGGAUGGUGUCCCAGCUGGGGCUGGUCUUGGUGGUGCUGGUGCAGGAGGAGUUGGGUCUCCCUAUGGAAGGGAUGGUGUCCCAGCUGGGGCUGGUCUUGGUGGUGCUGGUGCAGGGGGAGUUGGGUCUCCCUAUGGCAUGGAUGGUCUGCCAGCUGGGGCUGGUCUUGGUGGUGCUGGUGCAGGAGGAGUUGGGUCUCCCUAUGGAAAGGAUGGUGUCCCAGCUGGGGCUGGUCUUGGUGGUGCUGGUGCAGGGGGCGUUGGGUCUCCCUAUGGAAGGGAUAGUGUUCUAGCUGGUGCUGGUGCAGGAGGAGUUGGGUCUCCCUAUGGCAAGGAUGGUGGCCCAGCUGGGGCUGGUCUUGGUGGUGCUGGUGCAGGAGGAGUUGGGUCUCCCUAUGGAAGGGAUGGUGUCCCAGCUGGUGCUGGUCUUGGUGGUGCUGGUGCAGGAGGAGUUGGGUCUCCCUAUGGCAAGGAUGGUGUCCCAGCUGGGGCUGGUCUUGGUGGUGCUGGUGCAGGGGGAGUUGGGUCUCCUUAUGGCAAGGAUGGUGUCCCAGCUGGAGCUGGUCUUGGUGGUGCUGGUGUUGGAGGAGUUGGGUCUCCCUAUGGAAAGGAUGGUGUCCCAGCUGGUGCUGGUCUUGGUGGUGCUGGUGUUGGAGGAGUUGGGUCUCCUUAUGGCAAGGAUGGUGUCCCAGCUGGGGCUGGUCUUGGUGGUGCUGGUGCAGGAGGAGUUGGGUCUCCCUAUGGAAGGGAUGGUGUCCUAGCUGGUGCUGGUGCAGGGGGAGUUGGGUCUCCCUAUGGCAAGGAUGGUGUCCCAGCUGGGGCUGGUCUUGGUGGUGCUGGUGUAGGGGGAGUUGGGUCUCCCUAUGGCAAGGAUGGUGUCCCAGCUGGUGCUGGUCUCGGUGGUGCUGGUGCAGGAGGAGUUGGGUCUCCCUAUGGCAUGGAUGGUCUGCCAGCUGGGGCUGGUCUUGGUGUAGCUGGUGCAGGGGGAGUUGGGUCUCCCUAUGGAGAGGAUGGUGUCCCAGCUGGGGCUGGUCUUGGUGGUGCUGGUGCAGGAGGAGUUGGGUCUCCCUAUGGAAAGGAUGGUGUCCCAGCUGGGGCUGGUCUUGGUGUAGCUGGUGCAGGGGGAGUUGGGUCUCCCUAUGGAAGGGAUGGUGUCCCAGCUGGUGCUGGUCUUGGUGGUGCUGGUGCAGGAGGAGUUGGGUCUCCCUAUGGAAAGGAUGGUGUCCCAGCUGGGGCUGGUCUUGGUGGUGCUGGUGCAGGGGGAGUUGGGUCUCCUUAUGGAAGGGAUGGUGUCCUAGCUGGUGCUGGUGCAGGGGGAGUUGGGUCUCCCUAUGGAAGGGAUGGUGUCCCAGCUGGGGCUGGUCUUGGUGGUGCUGGUGAAGGAGGAGUUGGGUCUCCCUAUGGAAAGGAUGGUGUCCCAGCUGGGGCUGGUCUUGGUGGUGCUGGUGCAGGAGGAGUUGGGUCUCCCUAUGGAAAGGAUGGUGUCCCAGCUGGGGCUGGUCUUGGUGGUGCUGGUGAAGGAGGAGUUGGUUCUCCAUAUGGAAAGCGUGGUGUCCCAGCUGGGGCUCGUCUUGGUGUAGCUGGUGUAGGGGGAGUUGGGUCUCCCUAUGGAAAGGAUGGUGUCCCAGCUGGGGCUGGUCUUGGUGGUGCUGGUGCAGGAGGAGUUGGGUCUCCCUAUGGAAGGGAUGGUGUCCCAGCUGGGGCUGGUCUUGGUGGUGCUGGUGCAGGAGGAGUUGGGUCUCCCUAUGGAAAGGAUGGUGUCCCAGCUGGUGCUGGUCUUGGUGGUGCUGGUGCAGGGGGAGUUGGGUCUCCCUAUGGCAAGGAUGGUCUCCCAGCUGGGGCUGGUGUAGCUGAUGCAGGGGGUUUCAGCUCUCUGUUUGGAAAGGAUGGUAUUCCAGGUGGCGCUGGUGGUGGUGGUGCCGGUGUAGCUGAUGCAGGGGGAAUUGGUUCUCACUAUGGAAAAGAUGGUUUUACAGUGGGAAUGCGAACUGGGGCUGGUACUGGUGUAGCUGGUUUUGGUAGUAUUGAGUGUCAUUAUGGAAAAGAUGGUCUCCCAGCUGGGGCUGGUGCUGGUGUAGCUGGUGUAAGGGGUGUUGGUUCUUUCUAUGGAAAGGAUGGUCUCCCAUCUGGGACUGUGACAGGAGCUGCUCAUGUUCCUUUUGGAGGUGAAGAAGUAAUGGGAUCUCACCAUGUCAGGGAUGGUAUGCUGAGCCGAGCUCAAGGACAUAUAGGUGGAACAGGAGGAGAUGGCUUUUCCUCAGAAGGUGGUGAUGGUGGCUCUGCAAUAUGGAAGGCUGGGUCUCCCUAUGAGAAGGACAGUGGGUCAUCUGCAGCCAGGGCUGGUGUGGGUGGUGUUGGCAGGUUGGGAGGUGAUGAAAGGGAGUUACAUUCAGUACGUGGUAAAGAAGAUGUGGUAGGUGCUGUUGGACGAGGUGGUAAAUAUGGUCUGGAUUCAUAUCCUGGCAAAUCUGCUAUGGGAGGUGAAACUGGAAAGGGCACUGCCAGUAAUUUCAGAGGAUUAGGGAACAAAGGUUCAUCUCAUGACGGAGAUUCACUUUCAGGUCAAGGAGAUGCCAGGGGUGAGGGCAGAGAUUUAGGACAGUUGGGCUCCCUUUAUGGCAAAAAUUCUUCCUUUGGAGAGGCAGGGAGUAAAUCCCAUAACAGAUCUGAUGAUGGGAGGAAUUCAGGUGGUUUUGGUCAAGGUUCAAUGGAUUAUCGUCAGAUAUCAGAUCUUUAUGGUGGACCUCCUUCAAUAAACCAGAGGAAACAGGAACCCGGCCUUGAUAGUAAAGCAAGUGAUUUCUUGAAGAAUACAGAAAGCUUGGGAAAAAGAAGAUGUUAUCGCCUAGAUGAUCUGAAAGCACCACGGUGUCACAUCAACAAACAGUUACUAGAUGUCAGAGUCCGGAAAGGGGAACCAGCUGAGCUGUCUUGCACUGUUAGUAAAGAUGAAGUGACAGGAACCUGGUAUAAAGAUGGAUUAAAGUUAACAAACAUGGAUGGAGUCUUUUUUGAAAAGGAAGGUCUAGUCCACAAACUAAUUAUUAACAAAGUGGAAGAUAUUCAUGCUGGGAAAUACAGGUUUGAAGGUGGAGAUGUAAAAACCGAAGCUUCAGUUUUCGUUGAAGAUCCUCCACAGGUUGACAAAGUUCUCCUCAAAAACUUAACAAGUGUUCCUACUGUGGCCAAGGCAGGCCAGAAAGUAAAGAUCAAGAUCCCCUUUGAGGGCCGGCUGCCAGUCAGAGCAACGUGGCUGAAGGACAGAAUGGAGCUAGUAGAUGACACAAGGAUUCACGUUGAUAAAACAGAGACCUUUACUAUGCUGUCCAUCUCCAGCAGUGAGAGAAAGGACUGUGGGGAUUACAAAGUCAGGCUGAAGAAUGACAGUGGGGUCCUGGAGAUCGACUUAAAGCUUAUGGUGAUAGACAAGCCACAGCCACCUGCAGGACCCAUCAAAAUUGUAGAAAGCUCUGCAAAUGACAUCACCAUUCAGUGGAAGCCCCCAAAGGAUGAUGGGGGCAAACCAGUGCAGAGCUAUAUUGUCGAGAGUCAGCAGGUAGGCAAGAACGACUGGGUGACUUUGGGAGAAACCCCCCGGAGCUUUACUACCUUCACUACUAACAAAGUGGAACAAGACAUGAGCUACUACUUCAGGGUGCGAGCUGUGAAUUCCGAGGGAACUAGUGAUGCACUGGAAUCAGAUGAAGUGAAGACUGUCAGUAAAGCUUCACCUGGUGCCCCAGAUCCCCCUGAGAUUGUCAGUGCCAGCAGGGACACCAUCACAAUAUCCUGGAAAGCACCUCGUAAAACUGGCAGUUCCCGAAUUGUGGGCUACAUCAUUCAAAAACGCAAGAAGGGUACCAUGACCUGGCUGCCAGUCAACAACGUGCCUAUAGCAGACAAGAAGCUGAAAAUGACCAAUCUCAAGAAAGGUCUGCAGUAUGAAUUUCGUGUGGCAGCUGUCAAUGCUGCUGGCAUAGGAGAUGCCAGUGAACCGUCACAGCCUGUCUUUGCGCGGGAUUCCACGCAAUCUCCAGGUAAAGUGCAGGACCUUAAAGUGAGCAACAGUGACAGCACGAGUGUCACCUUGACAUGGAAGAGACCUGAAGCAAAAGAUGGGAGUGAUGUGAAAGGCUAUGAGGUGGAGAUGCGGUCUUCUAACAACCUCAACUGGACCAAAUGCAGUACUCUUCCCAUAGAGAUGACCACUUACAGAGUUAAAGGCCUCCAAGCCAAGGAGAUAUACUUCCUACGUGUGAGAGCCCUCAAUGACAGUGGCCCAGGAGAAGCCGCAGAGCUUGAAGCUUGCAUCGAAGCUGCUCCCCCUGUAGUUUCUCCCAGGAUACUAAUAGAUGACACAGUGAAAAGCUUCCUGGUUAUAAAAGCAGGAAAUGCCAUCCGAGUGAAUAUUCCCUUUGAAGCAUCUCCAGAUCCAGCGGUGACUUGGUUAAAGGACGGGCUUCCCCUUCCAGACAGGGCUACAAUAAACACAGAAGAUGGUACCACCCAGCUGCUGAUUGGAGCAGCUGAGUUCACUGACAGUGGCACCUACACCGUUGAGAUCCAGAACGGGUUAGGGAAAAGGGAAGCAUUCAGCUUCCAAGUUCAAGUUACAGAUAUCCCGCAAUCGCCUGGACCUAUUCGAUUGGAAGAGAAUGUUCCAAAUACAGUGACAGUAACCUGGGAGCCAUCAGCGUCUGAGAAAUGGGAAAGUAAUCUCUACUACACAGUCCUGAAACGUGAAUCACAGAAGGGCUUGUGGCACUUGGUGGGUGACCUGAUCUACACCAACAAGUUCACAUUCACCAAACUGAUCCCAGGCCGGGACUACUACUUUAGGGUUGUGGCAAAAAAUGACUUGGGAGUCAGUGGUCCGUCUGAAACUGUGCAGCCUUGGAGAAUUAAAAAAACAAAGGCUGAAUUUCAAGUCAAAUCACAGAAAUACAGGGGAGUUAAUCAAAACCAGCCCCCGAGAUUCCUCGUCCCGUUGAAGCCUCAUGUGGUGACCACCGGGAGUGAGUGCCAUAUGAGCUGUGCUCUUGGAGGCCAUCCACCUCCAAAGAUCACAUGGUACAAGGACAAUAGAGACCUCUCCAAUGAUCCCGCCUAUUUUUGCACAAAUGACUUUGGUGUCUGCUCCCUGGUUGUCCUAAGUGUCACAAAACGUGAUGAAGGAGAAUAUAUGGUAGAAGCCACCAAUGAAUUGGGCCGUGCAUUCAGCAAAGCCUUCCUCACUAUUAAAGACUCCGCACUGUAGCAUGACCUUCCUGAGAACAUCUCUGCACUACUAUGUGAAUGAGAACAUUUUUAUUGAGAACCAGCUCUAUACGAAGGCUAUGUAUUUAUUUUCAGAUGUGCAUUAUAGUCUGAGUGUUUUAUUUUUCAGAUCCAGUAGUUGCAUUUUGAAUAUAAUGCUGCAUUGUAGUCAAAAUGGGGAAAAAAAUCUUUAGGAGAGUUGUAUCUUUUUGUAAUGAUCAUGGCUUUCCACUAGACCUUUAAAACAAAGAUGAGAACCUUCAGAACACAGAAGAUGAGAGGAAAAAUAAUUGGCCAAAAUAAAACUUUCCAUAGAGAACACAGGUGUGAGAGACCAUUCUGCCACACCACUCACCUGCUGUCAGGCUGCAACAAGAAUAUUUCUUGACACCAGAGAUCUAUGAAGCUGGCCUUUUAGCGUGCAGUUUUCUAAUCCGAAACAAUCAUUUCAGAUUCCAUGUAAUUCUCAGCAGGUUUCCUAAUGCUGGUAGAAGCAGUUCUGCAUGUAUUCCACUGCUAGUAGCAGCUAAGUAUAUUAUUUCCUUUAACCUCUAAGUUGAAAAGAGUAUCUGCCUGAUAGUUUUAUCUGGGCAAGAAAUAAAUUCUCAGACUAGGCUAACACGGGGUAGUGUUACAGUGAAAACGCAUUGAUGGGAUUGAAUGAAAAUCUAGAACCCAUUCUAUUAGUGUGAGCAGAUCAAUGCUGUACUUAAAGAACCUACUACAGCAAGUGCUGUAAAAAAGGAUGUAUCAGUCCUAAACUACCACAUUAGUAUCACCUUUGAAACAUAACUGCCCCUACCUAAUGACAUUGCUAGAAUGUUUUUGCCUAAUGGAAAAAGAGGUUAAAAAUCUUUCAUGUUUGACCAGAAAUAUGAAGUACCACCAGAGAUCCUCUGCCAUGGCUGGGAGAUUCCAUCACUGAGUGGAGAAGGAGACUGGAAAGCAAAAAUGUUAUGAUGACUGUACAAACAUAUAGCCUUGUAGCCUUACCACCAAAGGUUCUUUGAUGAUGAUAUCUGGAAGACAGGAGAGUAUAGAUCAAAGACGCAAAGCCACUGGAUCCUCAGACAGCCAGUCAAACAUUUAUGUGGGGCUGAAGUGUUCUUUUUGAUUAUAUUUUGUACAAUGUUGUACAGACACAGCAACAGUAGAUUAUGAAAUUAAACCAAAAUUCAGUAAAAG